UAUCUUCCCAGAUCUUUCUCUCUCUUUCAUUCAUUCCCUCCUCUCUCAUAUCUACACAAUGACACUCCUUACCUUUCCACCCUCUGAUAACACAAUGGACCAAGCCAAUAAUUCCAUCGGGCGGAAAGGCCAGGAGGAGAUAGCCUGGCUGUGUGUGUGGAGGGUUAGGGAGGGGUUACACAGCCCCCCCCGCCUGCUCCCAGCCCGCACCGUGCAGCCAACAUGAAGCCAAGGAGACAGCAAAACCCCCAGACCAUGAGCACAGCUUAAAGUCUCCACACUUUUCUCCUCCUGUCUGCGCCUCCACAACAAUAUCCAUCACCCAUUCUCUCCCUGUCUUCCUCACUUUUCUCUUCCUAUCUACGCUCAAAACACCUCCGCUCUCUCUCUCUCCCUCACACACAUCACGGACAGCGAUCACAGUCUGUGUCUGUCUUUUACUAAGGCGCUCGGUGCAUGCAGAAAUACGCUAAAAGAAAAAGUCCUGUACCCGAGCAGUCGUCACAGAAGGAGGCAGCAGCCCCAGUCUGCGAGGGAGACUGUCGGAGGAAGAGGUGGCAGGGGUGAGGAGGACCGGCGCCAAACUUCUGAGCUACGCGGAACUCUGGCAGCGGCAGGCGGCACGGCGCGGCAUCUGAGUCUGUACAUAAUCAUGCCAAGAGGUGGAUGUGAGUUCUAUCUUCCAUAGCAACUCAUUGCAAGAGAAGCGUUGCACACAAAUGAGUGCAAACGGAAAUAAAAUGAAACAUUUUUGCUCACGACAUCGGUAUUAACAUUUUGAAAAUUCACUUUAUUUUAAAAAAUAAAAGAGCACAUCAUCUUCAGGAUGGAGUAUAUAGAAAGCGAGGAUUGCAAUAAGUCGCUGUCCGACAUUGUAAACUGUUCUCUACCGUACGAACAAGGGUCAGAGUUCUCUCCAUUGAAGCCGGAAGCAGUGGCUGUGCCCUUCACCUUUGCCCUCAUUUUUUUGCUGGGGGUCAGUGGCAACACUUUGCUGAUAUUGAACUUCGCGCGGCACAAGAAGCUGAACACAGCUCACAACGCCCUGGUGGUGAACCUGGCCGCAGGAGACCUUCUGAUGCUGACCAUCGGCGUGCCUUUCAACUCCACGUGGUACACCCUCCCCUACUGGCCCUUCGGUCUCCUCGUCUGCAAGCUCAGCCGUUUCGUGGAAACCCUGGCAACAGCGGUCACCAUAGCAACCUUGGCCGCGCUGAGCGUGGAGCGCUUCCUGAUCGUCACGGUCCGCCGCCGUUAUCUCUCGCAAUCGUCCCUCGCGCCGCUCGUCGUCGUGGUGGUGAUGUGGGCCGUGGGUUUCGUCUUGGCGCUCCCAGACCUGAUGUCCGCGACGGUUCAGAGCGCCGCCAACCGGACCAACACGACCUCGACGGGAAUACUGCCUCGAUUUCAACCCAGCUGGGGAUCCGACUACCCGAAGACCAACGUCCUGUGUCGGUUUCUUCUCCUCUUCGUCGUCCCGCUGCUGGUCAUCGGUCCGUGCUACGCGGCGCUCGCCUACCAUCUGUUCUUCCGAAUGUAUCGAACCCGCGACACGCCCACUAGCAAGACGCCACUGAAGUCCGCGGCCAUUUCCAUGGCAACCAGAGGCAGCAGCGUGCGUACUGGAAGCCCGGCGCUGCUUCGCAUGAGCAGCUUUGCGGACGACGGGCCUGGACAAGUCCACGACGACGACGUCGUCGUCGGUGCCAACGACAACGAAGCCGACGCUAGCUGCCUGCAGAACAACAGCAGCAACUGCUCCAAGAGCAUCAAAAACAGCAACAGCAACAACAACACGCCGGCCCUCAAGCGCCAACGUCUGGCCCUAACGGUUCUGGCGCUGGUCAUCGCCUUCAUCGUCUGCUGGCUGCCUCGACACAUUUAUCUGCUGUGGUUCCACUUCGACCCCAGCCAAUUCAGCUACUUCUGGCACGUCUUCAAGAUCUCCGGCUUCUGCCUUAUGUUCUCCAACUCAGCCGUUAACCCUUUCGUCUUCUAUGUCGUCGACGACCACUUCAGGACACACGUCCACGAGACGCUCCUCUGUCGGAGGCGAGUCCGAGGGCGAGAUGACGGCGAGGACGCGACUACGAGGGGACGGGACCUGGCUGCAGCAGACGACACUGCAGCAGACGAUAAAAACACUUACAUACCUAUGUCAGAAAUGCCAACAUGCACGGAGAGACUUGAGUACGUGUAGCCAACUCGACUUCUUUGUAUUUAGGAAACUUUUAUGAAAGUAGUAUGUACUUCUGAUAACUUACAAUUCUUAGGUCUGUCUCAGGGCCAGUGCUCACUCACUCACUCGAUCCACAUUUUAGAACUACAUUAACACACAGUAAACCAGAACUGCAAGGAUCGCUACAAGAAAUUAAAAAACACUUGCCUACAAAUUCAACUGAUGGGAUGAUGGUUUAAGAAAGAUAAUCAAGGGAACAGACCGUUAGCAGGGCAAGUGAGGUCAGAUGGUUUAUGUUUGAAGUGCCAACCGGCUUUUAAGCCUAUUGAAUGCAAAAUCCUUCUAUCAAAUAUAUUUAAUGAGUACAUUAAAAACAAUAAUCAAAAUUAGUUC